GGUAGGGAAUUCAGUGCCUUUGGGGUGUAGUAGUGUUGGUUUAAUGGCACUUCCUGCAAUUAAACAUGGGGAAUUGGUGAUGUUGAAAGAUUUGCAACCAUCAUCACCUUUCUUUAAGCAAGGAGCAUCACUUAGAAUCACUGGAAAGUUACAAGAAUAUUCUGUGGAAACUGCCAUAGCUAUAAUUGUUGAUGGAAAUGCUAUUCUGAAGAUUGACACCCAACACUUGAGAAACCUUAGCUUCCGAAUUGGUUCCAUCUACCAGUUCAUCGGUGAACUGCAUAUUCAAUCUGAUAAUGAGAUGAUUCUGCAGGCACGUGUGGGUAGAAAUGUUGAUGGCAUUGACCUCAGCCUUUAUAAUCAAUCGCUACAACUAUUGCGUCAGUUUCAAGCUGACCACAUAAAAAGUCAUCAUCAAAUCAAUUGAAUCACACACCUGGCAGCCAUGUAAGAGCAGCAAUAAUUAAAUCAGUUGUUUAACCUAACCAGUGAGAAAAGAGUAGUAGAGAAAGAAAGCAACAAUGACCUUGUGCAGUGAAGGGAUGACUUGAUGGAGAUAAAAGCCAAGGGUUGUCCUGCUAUUUGUUACAGCAGUGAGCUCUGUCCACUGACGAAGAUAAAUAUAUGAGCAUUUAAAGGAAAGCAAAUUAAUAUGAUCGAGAGAUUGUAGAUAAAUGAUCAAGAGUAAAUCAAAAUGAAAUAGCGACAAGAAAAGACGGCCUUGUUGUCGUGAAUGGUUGGGAUAGCCACUGGUUUUGGAAAGAUCGUUAUGAUAUGAAGAUAGCGAGUGGCAGGGGAAGUUUGGACAAAGAGGGAGAUGAUGUUCUGAGAAGGUUAACGAAACAACGACGUGACGUAUAUUGGUCAAACGCUUUGUGGUUGGCAUAGAAACCACAGGACUCUCUGUCAUGCAGUAUUUACUCAUUUCUUAACAUCUCCGAUCUGCUACCACAGCCA